CUCCAUUUGCUUUACAUUCCAUUUUAAAAGUGGCUGGUUCCUAGACUACGACAGCAUAAGUGCUGCAAAUAUGUGAUUUUGAAAUUCAGACUCUCAAUUCUGCAUGCUUUUUUAUUUUGGUAAUGAGAUUAAUACCUUCUAGGUGAUAUGUUUUAGUUUUCUAAUACUUAUUUGGAUAAAAAGCACAAUGAGUUAUCAAAGAAAAAGAUAACCAACUUUACCAGUUAGCACAAUUUAAAAAACUGAAUUGAAAUUUCUGUGUUCUGUGUUCCUAUCACAACUAAGAGAACACAGCCUCACCUUGUUCAUAGAUUCUUCUUGGAAUAAAGUAAUUUUAACAUCUAUCUAAAGGAGGAAACUUUUUUGCCAUACACAAGCCUCUUGGCCUUCCUUCCUCUUGAAGAAGCAAAUCCUGGAUACUGGAUAAGACGACCGAGUAGAUAUUUUCCAUUUGAACUUGCAGAGUACUUUUGAAGGGGGAUGGCAAUGCUCUGUUCAUUUGCCAGCAUUGACAAAGGUCUGCUUGUCAGUGAUACCUUUUACAGCUAAAUUUACUUGGGAGUGACAGAAGCAGGUGCACCUUAGCCUGCCAGACACUUGUGCACGCACAUCAUGCAGCCUGCAGGUCAACAUCCAAAGGAGAAAAAGCCCGGGUCUGCAGAGCAGAGGGUGAGUGAGGCAAACACAACCCAAACUGGGGGGUUCUCUUCAAAGCCAGCUGGUCUGGCUUUAUUUUACAGGAAUUUUUUUACCUGAUUUUUUUGAUCAACGAAGCCCUCAGCAGGUGCUGACGGGUAGAACUUCCUGGAGAAGCAGAAGAAGGGCACUGGUGCCGAACAAGAAUUGUAAACUGUGAAGUAACUACCAUGGGAAAGAUUAAGUAAAGCAUUGGAGGCGGAUGAUUUUGACAAUAAAGAGGGUGUAUGUGCAGGAACGGAUGCAGGGGACGGUGAACUGAGUAGUGCAAGUGCUGAAGAAGGAGGUUUGUUUUGAGGAAACAGGAAAGAGGAAUAAAAGAGAAGGGAAAAAUACGUAAUUUAAAGGAAGAAGGAGAGAAAAAAAAACGGGGACUAUGGGGAGAAAAAAGAUUCAGAUUACAAGGAUUAUGGAUGAACGUAACAGACAGGUGACUUUUACAAAGAGGAAAUUUGGGUUAAUGAAGAAGGCUUAUGAGCUUAGUGUUCUGUGUGACUGUGAGAUUGCUCUAAUCAUCUUCAACAGCACCAACAAACUCUUCCAGUAUGCCAGCACUGAUAUGGACAAAGUGUUGCUGAAAUAUACCGAGUACAACGAGCCACAUGAGAGCCGAACGAAUUCAGAUAUUGUUGAGACAUUGAGAAAGAAAGGACUUAAUGGGUGUGACAGUCCAGACCCUGAUGCAGACGAUUCAGUAGGUCACAGCCCUGAGUCUGAGGACAAGUACAGAAAACUUAAUGAAGAUAUUGAUCUAAUGAUCAGCAGGCAAAGAUUAUGUGCUGUUCCACCACCAAACUUUGAGAUGCCAGUUUCUAUCCCAGUGUCCAACCACAACAGUUUGGUGUACAGUAACCCAGUCAGCUCACUGGGAAACCCCAACCUUUUACCGCUGGCUCAUCCUUCUUUGCAAAGGAAUAGCAUGUCUCCUGGUGUGACACAUCGGCCUCCAAGUGCAGGUAACACAGGUGGCCUGAUGGGUGGGGACCUCACAACCGGUGCAGGCACCAGUGCAGGAAAUGGAUAUGGCAAUCCCCGCAAUUCACCAGGUCUGCUGGUCUCACCUGGCAACUUGAACAAGAACAUGCAAGCAAAAUCUCCGCCUCCAAUGAAUUUGGGAAUGAACAACCGUAAACCAGACCUCCGUGUGCUUAUUCCACCUGGUAGCAAGAGUACCAUGCCAUCAGUGAAUCAAAGGAUAAAUAACUCCCAGUCUGCUCAGUCAUUGGCUACUCCAGUGGUUUCCGUAGCAACUCCUACUCUACCAGGGCAAGGGAUGGGAGGAUACCCAUCAGCCAUCUCGACAACAUAUGGUACUGAAUAUUCUCUGAGUAGUGCAGAUAUAUCAUCUCUCUCUGGUUUUAAUACAGCCAGUGCUCUUCAUCUUGGUUCUGUGACUGGCUGGCAACAGCAACACCUACAUAACAUGCCACCAUCUGCCCUCAGUCAAUUGGGAGCUUGCACUAGCACUCAUUUAUCUCAGAGUACAAAUCUCUCCCUGCCUUCUACUCAAAGCCUCAACAUCAAGUCAGAACCUGUUUCUCCUCCUAGAGACCGCACCACCACACCAUCGAGAUACCAACAGCACACGCGCCAUGAGGCGGGGAGAUCUCCUGUCGACAGUCUGAGCAGCUGUAGCAGUUCCUACGACGGAAGCGACCGAGAAGAUCACCGGAACGAAUUCCACUCCCCCAUUGGACUCACCAGACCUUCGCCGGACGAAAGGGAAAGCCCCUCUGUCAAGCGCAUGCGGCUCUCUGAAGGAUGGGCAACAUGAUAGCAUUAUUACCUAUUAGUUGGGAUUUUUUUUCUUGCAGUGUGUGUGUGCUAUACCUUAAUGGGAGGGGGAGGGGGGAAGGGUCGAUAUGCAUUAUAUGUGCUGUGUGUGAAAAAAAAAAGUCAGGUACUCUGUUUUGUAAAAGUACUUUUAACUUGCCUCAGUGAUGCAGUAUAAGGAUAAACAGAAAUGCUGAGAUAAGCUUAGCACUUGAGUUGUACAACAGAACACUUGUACAAAAUAGAUUUUAAGGCUAACUUCUUUUCACUGUUGUGCUCCCUUGCAAAAUGUAUGUUACAAUAGAUAGUGUCAUGUUGCAGGUUCAACGUUAUUUACAUGUAAAUAGACAAAAUGAAAACAUUUGCCAGAAAUGGCAGAUCUUUACUGAGAGAGAAAGCAGCUGUUAUGCAACAUAUAGAAACUGUACAGAUGUUUUGACAGACCCAGCAGUUGGGUGGCCGUGAAUUGAUGCUAGAAGGAGACUGGGUCACCUAAUAUACCGAAAAUGCUCACAAACAUGCAGGCAUUUUGUUAGAGUAUGGCACUCAGUUAAAAAGGAUCAAACCAUUUCAAGAGGACCAUACUAUAGAAAUGUUGAGUUCGAGGGCUGACACAUUUAAUUUUAAAAAUUCUGGGUCUGCAUCACUUAUUAAAUAAAAAAGUAUAAAAAUAUGUACAUUACAUUUUGCUUAUUUUCAUAUUAAAAGUAAGACAGAGUUUGCAAAGCAUUUGUGGCUUUUGUAGUUUCCUUAAGCCAAAAUGUGUUCUUUUUUCCUUGAUAGCUUUGCUAAUCUUUUAAGCGGUCCUGAAGAAACAAACAAAAAGGACUUUUUGUAUAGAAAGCACUACCCUAAGCCUUGAGGAACUCCAUGCUUUGCUAACCAAGAUAACUGUUUUCUCUUUGCAGAAGUUUUGUUUUUGAAAUGUGUAUUUCUAAUUAUAUAAAAUAUUAAGAAUCUUUUAAAAAAAAUCUGUGAAAUUAACAUGCUUGUGUAUAGCUUUCUAAUAUAUAUAAUAAUUAUGGUAAUAGCAGAAGUUUUUGUUCUCUUGAUAGUGAGGAAUUAUAUUUGUGCAGUUGCACAUUUAACUAUUUUCUUUUGGUUUUCUUUUACUGGGUAUACAUUUUACAGAUCAAAGUCAGCUGUUGAAAGACUGAUCUGUAAACAAUUAGACUUUACCCAUGGUGUAACAACUUAAAUCAUUUUAAUACAGCAUUUUACAAUCAGUUGGGUGAACUGCCAUCCAUUGUAUAUACUGAUUAGUUCUUUCAUGCUGUUUUGUGCAUUGUAACAAGUUAAGGGCCCUUCUGUUACUUAAUGUCCUGCGUAUCUUGUAGUUUUCCAUGGGUUAAAUGACAAAGUGGCAUAACUUGGCCCUUUCUCAUUAAUGAAGCUGGUAUUCUGCCUGUCAGAAUUUAAUGUGCAGCUCUAACGGCUGUCAGCUACGUGAGUGCAGGUAAAUAUGUGCCGAAGCAGCAGCGGGAGACAAAGGGCGGGAUCGGCACAAAAGUGCCUGUCUUAUAGAUUCCUCCCCUCUCUCACAGAGCUAAAACUCUUAAAGAGAUCAUCAGCUAAAGAGUGGUUCAAAAUCAGUUGAUUUUACACAGCCAACGUUGGCCAUCUGGUCCUUGGUUCUCAUGGACCUCUGCAGUCACAUCAUCUCACAGUGGGCACGUUGUUGAGCAACACUCCCUGUGUGUUUACACCAGAGCGGGACUUGCUUCAGCACACGGCAUCCACAUUUUCUCCAGCCUCAUAUUGUUCCUUUGACUAAGAUAGCUUGACCAGAGGGCAUGUGUCAUUUUCUUCAAGUCCCUCUUUGUCCCUCUUGUAUGUUAGAAAAAAAUGGUAUAUUCAAGUGUUUCAGUUUAAUUUUCCUGUUGGAGGGAAAAAGUGUUUAAGCAAAAUGUUAGUGCCAUAGUAAAAGUGUAAUAUUUCUCCUUUUUUCAAGAGUCCAUCUAGGUCUCAACUACAUACAUUGACAUCAUGAUGAAGAAUAUAGCUGCAACAGCAAAAUGUCAAUACAAAGUACUUCAAAGUGAAAUCCACACUCUUUUUUCCACCUAUACAUGCAGCUGCUGUGCACUGCUGAAUGAUGGAGUGUACCUCUCUGUAGUAGAGUAUGAUGAUCAGACCACAGUGUGCAUUAGGACAUAGGCUCUUCACUUACCAUGACUUUACAGAAGCCUGCCUUAAGGCACUUUCAGCCGUGCAGGGGCUAGUACAUCAUCUGGGAACUCUUUAAGCAGAAUACUGUGCUACUGAUGCAUCCAUCUUAUCUCAUGUAGCAAACUGCAGGGUAAACAAAGAUACGCAUGUUUAAAUAAAAUAAAAUAAAUUAAAAAACUCAAAACAAAACAAAACAAGGUAAAAUGGAGCCCGUAAUUAUUUUUAAAACACAAAAACCCCCUUGUGUUUUAAGCCACUUUCUUCACCCUCAGAUUAAUCUGUACUCAUAUUCUCUUCUGAGAAUUUUAAACUUUAGCAUGUCAAAAAUAUGCAAGCUAUCACAAAUACACCUUGUCAUUUCAAGAAAAAAUACAGUUUUAUUGGUAUCCUAGCAGAAAUUUCUCAGUGGGGAGGGGGAUUUGGUCUAUUGAUAUAUUAAGAAUAGCCAUAUUAAUAGUUUACCUUGCGAUUUGCCUCAGAAACACAUGAAAAAGAAUUAAAGAUAUCCUUUAAUGAAGAUGCAGUGUAAUAUACCACUGCAAGUAACUAAGUAGAAAGUAGCAUAAAAAGUAUUGCCUGGGCAAUUUAUAUUAACUCUGAUAGUGAUUUUUUUGUAUAAACACAAGUAGAACAGAAUCACAUGAAAAUAAAUGCCAGUCAGCCCUCUUGGUCCUGCUGCAGAGGGCAACUAACUUAUACUGGCAAAAUUGUGGGGGAUAAUGCAUAUUUGCAAACUGAUCUAAUGAUAAGAAGCACAACUUUGAUUGUGAAGUCACUUUCUGUAAACUAUAACUGUCUACCUUUCUUGUUCCUUUAUCUGUAUCUUACCAUUUAUUGUAUUUGCAAAAGCUAAUUUGGGUUUAUUGUGUGAUUCCUUUGUAUUUAAGGAGUUUGGGGCAGAGCCCUGAAAGAGUAUUAACAUUUACUUUACCUUAACCCAUGCUAUAUGAUGUUUUAGGCAACAUUCUUAAUUGUAAGUUCAAACACCUGAAGUGGCAUUCUAGACACCUGCAAGUAUUGUUAUAGCUAAGUUAAUCUCUAUUAAAAGGUGUUGUCAGUUAGUGUUUAAUUGCUGGUGACAAUUAUAUGAUAUACCCUAUCUGCACAACAUAUAUAUUGUAUGCAUUGAGCCAUUCACAGUAAAGCUUUGGUCAUUUCAGUGUCUCUCAAAAUUGUGUUUUAUAACAAAAUGGCUUAUAUUUUUCCCAGAAGAGGAAUUUAACAAUUUUUAAUGACUAAUGUAAAAAUUAGCUGUUGUCCUCAGAUCUUUUUCAGGUAAAGCUAGCAUAAGAAUAGAAUUCAUAGGCUGUUUUCAAGGACGUCAACCCUUUUGUAUUGUAUCUGCGAUCCUAUAUACCCACUUUUAUCUGUAGUCUAACAGCUGUUUGUUUUCCUUCUUCCUUCACCUUGAAGGUAAAUGCUUUGUAAUUUUUUAAAAGCCACUUGAAACCUCAAUAAAGGCUGUUGCCUAAACAUGGCAUACUUCAUCUGUUCCUGUUUGUGCCAUCUGCUGUGAUGUCGUCAGUUAUAUGGCAUUAAUUUCCUGCCACUACAGGUCUCUUGAAGGACUGAUGGAACACUGGUGUCUGUUAGAAUGCUUCAGACUGUAGAUGUAAUAAAAGGCUUUUGUUAAUAUAUUUUAACCAAAGAUGUGGAGCAAUCCAAGCUUUGAGCCACAGACUUUCUGCAUCAAAAGUACCCAUUUGAUUAUUUCAUAGUCAUAUGUCGCAUUUCUACCUUCCCUUUUCAUACCUCAGACUGAUCCAUACCUCAGUUUGAUUCAAAAAAAGGUCAGUUAAGAAAGUCAUUUAAAAAAAAUAAAAAUGAAAAAUGCAGUAUUAAAGUCUUCUGUGUACUUAAUGUCAGACCUGGGUUACUGCAGGCAUUACACUUGGAUUGCUUCAGAUGGUUUGUUGUAUCCUUUUUUUCUUUUUUUCUUCUCUUUCAUGGGGAUUUGCUUCCAUAAAACAAUGGUGAUAACAAAAUAGCUUGUAAAUGGGAGCAUACAAGCAUUUGCAACAAAUAUUAAAGUAGAGGCUCACAGCGGCAUAAGCUGGACUUUGUCGCCACUAGAUGACAAGAUGUUAUAACUAAGUUAAACCACAUCUGUGUAUCUCAAGGGACUUAAUUCAGCUGUCUGUAGUGAACAAAAAUGGGAAAAUUUCAAAAAAUUCUCCUGCUGGAAAUAAGGUAUAAUUUGUAUUUUGCAGACAAAUCAGUAAAGUUACUGGCUUUCUUAGUGA